AUGGCGGCGGCGGCGGCGGGGUCCGGGCCCGGGUCCGGUCCGGUGCCCGGUUCGCUGGCCGGAUCGAUCCCCGGACCGAUCCCCGGACCGAUCCCCGGACCGAUCCCCGGGCCCCCGGGUCUGGAGGCGGCGCUGCAGAAGCUGUCGCUGCGUCGGAAGAAGGUGCUGGCGGCCGACGAGCAGGAGCUGUACGAGCUGGCCCAGGCCGCCGGAGGAGCCAUCGACCCCGACGUCUUCAAGAUCCUGGUGGAUUUGCUGAAGCUGAACGUGGCCCCGCUGGCCGUCUUCCAGAUGCUCAAAUCCAUGUGCGCGGGCCAGCGGCUGCAGCCGGAGGGCACGGCCCCCCCGGGACCCCCUCCUGUCCACCCCGAAACCAGAGGCAGGAACAGGAGCGGCGGCGUGCUCGGCGGCAGCCGGGACGGCUCCGGCCAGAGGGCCCCCCGCCAGCCCAGCGCCAGCCGGGGGCCCAAGGUGCCCGUGCCCGGAAAGAGCCCCACGCGGAGCGGCAGCUGAGCCCGCGGCGACCCCCGUCCCCCGUC